AUGGAUGAUGAAUGGUGGAAAAAAGCUAGAGCUGACAUUCCGGGUUGUGGAAAGUUCAAAAAGAAGGGCCUUGAGAAUGAAGAUGACUUAGCCAAGUGUUUUGCUGACAUCACUACUAUUGGUAUUGAUCAUUGGUCUCCUCAUGUUGUGAAUGUUGAAAAUGUUGAUGAGACACAAGAGGAGGCAACCAAUUUUGAUCCACAAGAUGAUGAUGUCAGUCCUGAAACACAAGAGGAGGAUAUUGGUAUUUCUCCUCCACCUGCAAGUGGCAAGAGAUUGGCUAGGCCUGUUGAAAAAAGUGGCAAGAAGGCGAAGUCUGGAAAUGCACUCCUAAUUCAAGAAGCAGUAAACAGUAUGGCAAGUUCAGCCAAUGAAUAUGUUUCGAAGAGACAUGGAAAAUACUCUAUUGAUGAAGUGAUGGAGGUUGUGAUUGCUUGUGGGGCCGGCUAUGAUAGCAAUGAACAUUACAUUGCAACUGAACUGUUUGUGAAGAAGGAGCAAAGGGAGAUGUUCAUGACCUUGCCUACUAAUGAGAUUAGGUUCACUUGGCUUAGGAGGAAGUACAAUGAUAAAUAUGACAAGUAG